AUGGACGGACGGAAGGACGGACGUACGGAACGGACGGGACGGACGGGACGGGACGGACGGACGGACGGGACGGGACGGACGGACGGACGGGACGGGACGGGACGGACGGGACGGGACGGACGGACGGACGGGACGGGACGGACGGACGGGACGGGACGGACGGACGGACGGACGGACGGGACGGACGGACGGGACGGACGGACGGACGGGACGGACGGAAUAAAAGGAGGUGCGACGAGUCCACCGGCGUCGGAUAAGCAUAAAAGGGGCGGCGCAACUCUCACAACUGGUGGUCCGCUAACAUCACGAUUUCGUGGCUAUCAAGGCUCUGAAGAAGGCGACGACGCCGAAACGUUAGCCAGAAUAAAGAUCAAUAACAAUCUUGGUUCAGCUUAA